UCCAGCAGAUGGCGAUGAUGAGCACACGCAUUUCUCCAUUGUCUCUCCUUGAACCAGGAAGCAGGCUUUCUGUGUCGGAUAGCAGCGUUAAUUUUCUUCUAUUAUAUUUUCUGGAGUGAAUAUUUAUGUUUCUGCAGCAACAAUGACUUCAUUUCAGUCUCUGAGAGACUUUAUCAGGGAGCGACUGGCCGCUGCUGCUGAGGAAAUAUUCACAGAGUUUGAUAAAACCAUCGUGCAGUACGAGGAAGAGCUGGAUCGUCAGCGGAGACUGCUGGAAAUCUGCUGGAAACCUCAAAUAAAGCUACACAGAAUAGAACUCACAAAGCCUUGCGUUUUGAAGGAGGAUAAUGUUCUCACUGACCAUCAGCUCUCCAGCAUAGAGAUGAACUCCAGUUUGGACCUAGAGGAGAUACAAUCUUUAUGUAUGCAUGAAGAACUGGGGAAACCAGAUCCUCAACAGAUGAAAGAAAACCAAGAAGAAACCGAACCACUACAAAUUAAAGAAGAACAGCAGAAAUCCAUGAUAAAGGAUGAACAAGAGGAACUCUAUAUCAAUCUGGAGAAAGAGCAGCUUGAACAGCGUUGGCCAACUGAUUCCUUCAUAGGAGUCACUAUUCAUGAGAAAACAGAGAAGAGGAAACCAGAGUCAAACAAGGACCAACUCACCAUUCAGACUUCCGCUAAGCCUGAGAAGCAAAACCGGGGAAGGAGGAACAAUGAAGAAUCUCAAUCAAACAGGGCUGACGAACUAGAAGAAAAGAGUUUUCAGCAUUUCAGAGUUGAAACUGGGAAUGUUGUUAGUCCAGAAGCAGAAUGGCAGGAGAUAAUGCACACAAAUUGCAAUAUUUCAGCUUGUAAAGUUUGUGGUAAAGUUUUUGCUCCCAGUAAUUUGAUUGAUCACAUGAGAAUUCACACAGAUGAGAGGCCCUUCUCGUGUCUAACUUGCGGAAAAAGCUUUACAAUGGCAGCUACAUUGAAGAUUCACAUGAGAAUUCACACAGGUGAGAAGCCUUUCUCAAGUAUGACUUGUAGAAGAAAUUUCAGUGAUAAAGCCUGUUUAUCUCGGCACAUUAGAACUCAUACAGAUGAGAAGCCGUUUUCCUGCUUGAUCUGUGGAAAAGGAUUUCCACAAAGAAGUAAUUUCACUGAACACAUGAAAACUCACACGGGUGAGAAACCUUUCUCAUGUCUGACUUGUGGAAAAAAUUUCAGCUUAAAAGGUAGUUUAUCUCGGCACAUUAGAACUCAUACAGGUGAGAAGCCGUUUUCAUGCUUGAUCUGUGGAAAAGGGUUUCCACAAAGAAGUAAUUUCACUGAACACAUGAAAACUCACACGGGAGAGAAACCUUUCUCAUGUCUGACUUGUGGAAAAAAUUUCAGCUCAAAAGCUAGUUUAUCUCGGCACAUUAGAACUCAUACAGGUGAGAGGCCUUUCUCAUGUUUGACUUGUGGAAAACGUUUUGGCGAUAGAGGAUGUUUAUCUCGGCACAAAAAAACUCAUACAGGUGAGAGGCCUUUUUCGUGUAUGACUUGUGGAAGACGUUUUAUUCGAAAAAGUCAUUUGACUACUCAUAUGAUAACACACCGAGGUCUGCAGGUACGAACUUGUGAUACUUCAUUCAUCGAAGUGCUUCAGAACUGCCAGGAGGGAAAUUCAAUGUCAAACAUAACCAUUUAAUAGGUCUUAUUAUUUUCAUUAAAAUGUUCUAUCAUAGUAUGUAAUGGUGUUUUGCUCAUUCAUAUCUGUGUGUUAACUAUAUUCUCUUUAGACUGAGUGAAAAAUUUACGCAGCAGUGGCUAGUACACUGUCAUAUCGAUACAAGAAUUAUUACAGUUUCUAGAAGUGAUAGUUUUCAGUGCAGCAUCAUUAUUGAAACAAUCACAUUGCAUGACUGUAGUGUAAAUAUAAAAGAGAUUUUUUUUUUUCCCCAAAAAACAUUAAAGCUCACAAUUACUCUUAAAAAGAACUGAAAAAGUCCAGUCUUCAAGGGCUGAUGUCCUGCAACUUUUAGAUAUCUCUGCUUCAGCACACUUGGCUCCAAUAUUAGCUCAUUAGCAUAGCUCUGUAGUGCAGGUCUGCAUGCUAGACAGGCGGUCUCACCACUCUGGCCCUCGAGGACUGUAGUUUGAAAGCACUGAUCUAAAUCUUAAUGUAUGUAAAUCACCUCUAUUGAUUUAUGUUUCUACUUUUAUUCCUUUCUGAAAGCAGUGAAGACAAAAGCACUUUAAAGACCCUUCCUUAUACUUUUUAACUCCAAUCUAUAGUUUUUUACACAUUUACCACAAAACAGUUUAUUGCAUUUUUAAAAAAAAAAAUUCAAACUAUUACCCAUAAAAAUCUUUUAUCAUUGAAAAUCAAAACUUUUGUUAUCCUUCAUCUUGGAUGUAGAUAAGAACUUUUAGCUGAAAUCAGUCUCAUCCACAUCUGGGGUAGUGAAUAAUCACCUACACUAGCAACUAAAAAACACUUCACUUGACUUUAUUGUGAUAAAACAGCUGUGAUGUUUUGUUUUUGUGAGCUCUCAUGCAAAUCAGAAACAUCUUUAUACCUGUCAUCGCUCCUAGUCUCUAUUCUUGUUUAUCAUUUUUUCUGUAGUUCUGAACAGAAAAUAGUUUUCAGAUUUGCAUUCCUACUUUUCCAGUUCCUGACUAACAUGCUGUCACCAGCUUGGAUCCUUUUUAUAUAUAUUUUUUUCGGCCGUAAAUUUAACACCAAGCUCAGUUAACUUCAGGUCCAAGUUGUGCUGGCACACAAACACCAAACUGAGCUCUAGAUGUCUGUGGUAAAAUGAUUGGAAAUAACUCUCUCAUCAUAGACAUUUUUUAUAUGUGAAAAGCAAUGAUUCAGUAUUUUCGAACUGAAAGUGUAGACAGAUACUGACAUCUAGUGGAAAGAAGUAAAAUUACUUAUUUCCAGUAAUAAGUAAUUUUAUUACUAAUUAAUAAAAUUAAUAAGUAAUAAAAUCGGAGUUGAGUUAUCUCGAUGGUAUUUGCUUUUUUAAUUGAUGCUCACAUUGCUAUUCUUAUGUGUUUCUUGAUUCUAAUGCACUUCAUCUCAUUUGUAUUUUCCUGUAAAGAACUUUAAAUUGUGCAUUAAAGGUGUUGCAAAAAU